ACUCGUAUUUCGAGUUCACAAGGAUUGCUUCCUUUGUUCUCAGAGAGAAGUCUAGAUACCAAAUCUGCAAUGCCCCCUUAUCCGCUGCGUCGUAUUCUAUGACUGUAACGCCAUGCUCGAUUUCCAUAAUAACAUCCAGUGUCAAGGCUAGAGCGGCGUAUAUGGUGCAAAUCUCUUGACUUUCCAAACGCCGUCUUUCCCUCUGCAUAUAUGCAAAGGGAAUCAUGCCAUUCGAGUCACGCGCUCAGUGGAGCCUUAUCUCUGCAUUUCGUGACCCAACGUGGAACCAAUCAUUUGAUAGCGAACGACAUGAUACCCAGUAUUCGGAAGCCUUAUGUACGGAGCAUGACCUGAAAUGCUCCAAGGUUUUGGUGUGCAUUGAUCACCCAUCGAUCUCCCUACCCUGCCAUCACACUUGAGACCACCUUCCGACAUCAAGGAUACUAAUAGCACCUCAUAAUGAGUAGCCGUUCGUCUGAUGUUGAAGGUCGAAUUACGACUGGCACUACGGUCUUAUCCGUAGGGAAUACCGACGAAGUCGAGCUGGCAAGGAUGGGUUACAAGCAGGAGUUGAAACGCGACCUUGGUUUAUUGCAGAAUUUUGGCGUAUCCUUUUCUAUCAUCAGUGUGAUCACCGGGGUGCCUUCUCUCUUUCUCUUCGGGCUUAAUACUGGCGGACCGGCAGUUAUGGUAUGGGGGUGGAUUGUGGUCGCCACAUUCUCAAUGCUGGUUGGACUCGCCAUGGGUGAAGUCUGCAGCGCCCACCCAACGAGUGGUGGACCCUACUUCUGGGCGGCUAUGCUAUCUAAACCUCAACAUGCCGCCUUCGCCUCUUGGGUGACAGGUUGGUUUAACCUCCUCGGUCAGGUCGCUGUAACUACUAGCAUUAGCUUCACAACUGCGAACUUUAUCUCGUCUGUUGCGACUUUCCAAACUGACUAUACACCAACCCCUGCAACCACUAUUGGAACCUUCGCAGCGGUUCUCGUUGUACAAGGUCUGGUCAAUACCUUCGGCGUCCACUUACUGCGCUAUCUGAAUAACAUAUCCAUUUGGUGGCAUGCUGUCGGUACCACAGCAUUGAUUAUCGCUAUCCUUGCGGCGGCACCGUCGCAUCAAUCGGCAAAGUUUGUCUUUCAGACGUUUAUUGAUAAGACAGGUGUCGAUGGUGUUGGCUGGAGCCAACGAGCUAGUCCGGCAUAUGUCGUAGUUAUAGGAAUUCUCAUGGCGCAGUAUUCUCUGACCGGUUUUGAUGCAAGCGCCCAUAUGACGGAAGAGACCCAUAAUGCAGCAGUGGCAGGUCCUGUUGGUAUUGUUAUGGCCAUUGGCAUCUCGGCCGUGCUAGGGUGGUUUCUCAUCCUCGGUUUGUUGUUCUCCAUUCAAGACUUGGAUCAUACCGUCGCAAGUCCAACUGGUCAGCCGGUCGCCCAGAUCAUCUUGGAUACAGUAGGAGAGAAGGGUGCGAUCGUCUUAAUGGUGAUCGUCAUUGGCGCAAUGUUCUUCUGUGGGACCUUCUCUGUUACCUCCAACAGUCGUAUGAUGUACGCCUUUGCACGAGAUGGCGGCAUACCCGGCCACAAAUUCUUCCACAAAGUUGAUAUGAAGCGAAAGUCUCCCGUCCGUACUGUGUGGCUCGCAUGCACUUUGAGCUUCCUUCUAGCUCUUCCAAGCCUGGGCAGUGCAGUCGCCUUUUCAGCAGCAACAUCAAUAGCCACCAUUGGCCUCUACAUUUCAUACGCUAUUCCAAUCUUCCUCCGGGUCCUUAAUCGGGAAUCAUUCAAACGAGGUCCGUUCCACCUGGGUUCAUUUUCCUACCCUGUGGCACUAGUCGCUGUCGUUUGGAUUGGCUUCAUCAGUAUCGCUUUCAUACUUCCUCAAGAGAACCCAGUUAAUAGCCAAUCGCUUAAUUAUGCGAUCGUUGCUGUUGGCAUUGUCGUCACUUACUGUUUGGGCUUCUGGUUCUUGAGUGCGAGGAAAUGGUUCACUGGUCCUGUGAAUCAGAUUGCUGCAGAAAGCAUGGGUAUCGAUGUUACUAACCCUGCUGAAAUAGAAACAAUUGAAACAAUCGAAACGGAGAAGCAGAAGAUGUAGUCUAGUUUCCGCAUGUCAUCCUCUUUCGUUACGCUAAGGUUUUAUCAUAGUCAUUUCAGUCCCCGAUCGGAGACUGAUCCGCCUGCAAUCAACAACUUGGUCGAUAGUAGAGACUAUAAUCACAGUGCCUUCUGAGACCAAC